CAAUUGAAUGUGUUUUUGCCUGAUUCUGGUUCCCUUCUUUCCUUUAUUCUCGAUUUGAUCCUGUGCCAGUUCUGGACCGGACCGGUCCUACGUUGCCUAGGAGGCAUGGCUGAAUUUGAACUUCUGUUUCUUGAUUUUCAGUAUUCUAUUCUUACUUUCUGAUUAUUCUAAUGUCUCGAGCGCAGGUGGAGGUUGCUUCAAGUGUGGUGCUGUCGAUCACCUUGCAAGGGACUGUACUGAUGGUCCUGGUUCUAAAAGUCAGGGUCCAAAGUACAUCCUGAAGGAUGAUAACACACAACGUGGUAGUGAUAAUUCCAGGUUCGUCGUUAUCUCUCUUUCUAUAUAGCCCCUUGUUGUCUCUACGUGGCAUUUGAAUCCGACUAAUAUUUGAUGUACAAUUAUAGGUAUGACAUGGUGUUUGAUGGGGAAGCUCCUGGGAGCCCAAUACAAGAAAAGAAUCGCAGAAGCCAGGGGGAACAAGAUGAACAACUUGACAAGGAAAGGAGGAGGCAUAGAAGAAUCUCAGAUGACCGAGAUGAAGAGAUCAAGGAUUCGUCAAAGGGUAAGAUACGUCAAAAUGACAGAAGGCGUGUCGAUGAAGAUGAUGAUAGUGAUAGACGGCGUGACAGCAAAGCAACUCGGUAUCAACAUGAAAGCAGAAUCAAAGACCACGGUGGUGAUAGGGGAGAUGGUAAAAAGACUAGCACUGAUCAUCACAGCCGAAGAGAAAGAAUAGAGAGCGACAGAGACAAAGAUCAUUACAAGAGGAGGAGUGGGGAAGGCGAUUACUGGAGAAGAAGCGACGACGGCAAGGAUAGAAUUCACCUGAAAGAGUUGGAUGAUGACAGUAAAGAGCGUAAACGAAGACACGGAGAGAGUGACAGGCAAGAAACGAGGGACAGAGAAGAGCGAGAUGAGGGUAGAGAACACAAGAGAAGAGACCCAGCUGGUGACCACAGGCGAGAAUCUAGGGACAGAGAACGGGAGUAUAGGCACAAGAGUGACAUAAGGAGAUGAAUCAUCAGGAUCAGAUGUUUAGCUUUCGCUUUCUUCGUGGUUUCAAGCCUGCACUAUAUUGGGAUAUGUAGUAUAUAGCCUGAACAAAAAAAUGGUGUUUCGAAGGAUGCCAUCUUUUGAUGGUUCCCCGGUUCCAUAAUACUAGACAGGAAGGAGUAUGAGAGUGUUUUGUUUGUAUUGUUUCAUCUGCUUUAAUUAUAUCAGGAGACUACUACUGUGUCCAAACUAUCAGCCUAUUUCUCUCUUCGUUGGGUAACAUGCCGGGGCAGAUUCAAUCGCCAAAAUGUACACAUUCAAAGGGACCAUUUGGAUGGGAAACUUGGUAGUGAGAAACAUGGUCUACCUUAAAAAUGUGGACACACCAUCCUUUUCACUUUUGCAAACGACACCGAGUAUGAACAAGAGAAUGAACACAGCCUAUAAGAAACAGUUAUUUACAGC